CCACAACUCUUCUCUUCCUCUUAAUUCUGUGUCUGGAUUUUGAGCUCUGAUCCAUACUCUGGAAGCUGAAGGACCUUUAUCCUUGGACUUGAAUGUGCCAAAUUUUGAGUUUCAUGUUUUGGUGCUUUGAACUUUGUUGAAGAUAGAAUUUUGCAUUUCCCUUUUGAAGUUUGGACAUAAAAUUUUGAGGUUAUCAUAGUCACCAAGGUAAUUGUGAAGAUAAUAUGAGUGUUGUGUAUAGUCAUUCUCUCAAGUACUCUGAAGGGGAAAUAAGAAGAAACCCAGAAAUGGAUUCAAAUAUUGGUCAUCCACAACAACAUUGUCACCAGCAAAAUUCUGCACUAUUGCGGUACCGUUCUGCUCCAAGUUCAUUGCUGAAUAGCCUUGUGGAUACCAGCAUUGGAUGUGUUAAUGAGGAAGCUUUCAAAAGUGAGGAUCCUCACCAUUAUCAUCCUUCUACAAGUUCAGAAAUGGAAACCAUGUUGGCCAAGUUGUUUCCAUCCAACAUUGGGUUGAACAAUUCGGAACCUUUGUAUGAGUUUGGAGACAAGCCAGUGAAGCAAGAAAUAAGGGACGCAGUUUCACAAGGACCACAACACAAUGGUUACUCUUAUGGUUCUCAGGCUCAGCUAAUUUACCAACCUCACCAAAUUCAAGGCUUGUCAAAUGGUUCUUUAGGUGCUUCUGGGAAUAACUUUGAUGGUUCAUUCAGUGCAGUGAGUUCCAUGGCUUCAGAUAAUUCCACAGAAACUAAAAUGGGUUCCAAUAAUUGCUCCAAUCUCAUUAGGCAAAAGAGUUCCCCUGCUGGGUUUUUCUCCAAUUAUUCAGUUGAUAAUGGUUUAGCAGCAUUGAGAGAGGUAGGAAGUUUUAGAGCCUGUGAUGUCUCAAAUGGACAAGCUACUACAUCAACUAGUGGGUUGCAUGGUACUUUGAACAUGUCAUCUAGGCCAUCCUCUUGCUCUAUAAGAAUGCCACAAAUUGUUGAAAAUGGGAAUGAAGGGAUGGAAGCAAAUUGUGUUGAAAGUAGAAACCAGGGAAAUAAUAAUGGCAGCAGUAAAUGUUACAUGCCUAGCUUCACCAGUGACUUCUGGGAUGGUUCUUCAUUCAGUGCCCCAAAAACAGAAAGUAACAAUAGUGAAAUCAUAUUUUCCACUUCAAAUGCUUUGGAAACUCAGGAUGCAGACUUUGGAUAUCAUAAACAUGGUUUGACCCACCAUUUGAGUCUUCCUAGCUCUUCUACUAAGAUGGCUAGCAUGGAUAAUUUUUUUCACAUUCAAGGAUCUGUUCCAUGUAAAAUUCGAGCCAAAAGAGGCUUUGCCACUCACCCAAGAAGCAUUGCAGAGAGGGAAAGAAGAACACGAAUUAGUGCAAGAAUCAAGAAAUUGCAAGAUCUUUUCCCAAAAUCAGACAAGCAAACAAGCACAGCAGAUAUGUUGGAUGUGGCUGUGGAGUACAUUAAAGACCUGCAGAAACAAGUUAAGGUACUCACAGAUACUAGGGCAAAGUGCACAUGUACAAAUAAUCAGAAGCAAUACUCUAGACCUUGUGCCUGAUUUAUAUCCAUGUAGAUAACAAAAGGAAGGAGGGUUUUUUUUUUCUUUAUCAUUUGGUCAAUAAUGUACCAUAAUUGAUGGCCAGUGUGAUUAUAUAGAAUAGUGCUGAUAUUUUCCUAGUAUGUAUGAAUUUAGGUCCGAGUGAAUCUCUUUCAGUUUUGUUUUUCAUGUUCCCUAAUUUUUUUGUGAUCAUUAAUGUACAAGGAAGUUUAGCAAGAGUUGUUGUAACUGUUCACU